AUGAGUCAAAAUGGCCUCGGAGGACAGCCAUCCGACAAAGACCCAAAGAGCUGGCGCAACAUAGAGUCAUCCAAUCAGCCAAAAGGGUCACCCGAGCAAGCCGCGGGCUAUUCAAACACGCCGCAUAUGGGAGGGGAGGUAAUAUUCUCCUGGCACGAAGGUGGGACCGUUUCCUCCCACGCGAAACUUAAGAUGGAAUGGACCGUGGCUGUCUAUGGUAUGGUAUGA